AUGCUAACUACCAUCUCUGAAGGGAUUAAGGGGCAUUUCGUCUUCAUCGACACGGGACGCGGUACAGUCAUUCUCAUCGACCCGCCUACCGGUCCGAAACCCACCCGGUCAUCGCAAAUUGUGAGCCUUCUCUUGAAGCCGCCUUUCCUCACUAGUUAAAUGCAGUAAGUAUAGGUGUAAGAUUAUAAGAAGAUAUUUCUUGGUGCGAUUCCACUCCUACCUACCUAUACAUAGUUUAGUGUUGCAGACAGUUACAGAACGGUGUGUUAGUUAGGUGCCUAAGCUACCGAAAAUGCAGACUGCAGUUUCUUUAUUUUCUGUUGGUCAGUCAUCCAUCCUGCUUUGCCAAACUUCAGAUCGUCUAUUGGCGCUAAUGGUGCGCGGGUAGUAGCAUCAAUCAACCUUAAUCUGACAACAGGCUACUCAAGUACAGGCGGGGUAGAACUCAAUAAGCCAACAUAUGUGCAUGUCAUUCUGUCUACAGUUUCUACAGAACCUCAAAAUACAAUCCCCAACCUGCUGUAUAUUCCCUCUUGUGUCCUAUUUCGAGAAGGAAAGAACGACUAAAAAGCAAGUGUCUCUUGAAUGAAGGCUGGCUUGCUGGCUGUAAGGAUCGUUCAAUGCUGUGCGUGAAACAGGACGUCAGGUAUCGUGAAUAUCUCAUCAAUACCGUUCUCUCAUUACCUUUUUUUCCCCUCAAAAACUCAAACAUGUUGUUUCUCUUCUUCUCUUCUUCUCCCCUCAUGUCGUUUCGUGUCCUUUUCAUCC